AUGAGCUGCCUUGAGAGUUGGCCGGAGCCGGUGGUGUGUGUGCAGUCGCUGGCGGAGAGUGGAAUACGGACGAUUCCAGUGAGGUACGUGAAGCCACCGUCACAGAGGCCGAGUGGCGCCGCCGUGGAGAGAAAUGUUCCGAGGAAUAUUCCGGUGGUGGACAUGGAAAAGCUGCAGAGUGCGGCGGAGGUUACGGCGAUGGCGGAAGCUUGUAAAGAGUGGGGAUUUUUUCAUGUAAUAAACCAUGGAAUCAACGGUGAGAUGAUGGAGUGUUUGAAGGAUAAGUGGACGCAGUUUUUUCAUCAGCCGUUGGAUUUGAAGAGACAAUAUGCCAAUUCGCCGACCACUUAUGAAGGAUAUGGCAGCCGGUUGGGGAUUGAAAAGGCGGCGAUUUUGGAUUGGAGUGAUUACUUUUUCAUUAAUUAUUUGCCUGUUUCCCUCAGAAACACAGCCAAGUGGCCUGCUUUUCCUCCAUCCAAGGAAUUGAUAGAAGAAUACGGGAAGGAGAUGGUGAAGCUAUGUGAGAAAGUGAUGAAGGGAUUAUCUAUGGGAUUAGGGCUUGAAGAAGAGUACUUAUUAAAGGCAUUUGGAGGAGAAGAAGGAAUAGGAGCUUGCAUGAGGGCCAAUAUGUAUCCAAAGUGCCCUCAACCUGACCUGACUUUAGGCCUUUCGCCUCACUCCGACCCGGGCGGCAUCACCAUUCUUUUGCCUGACCACAACGUCCCUGGCCUCCAAGUUCGUAAAGGAGACGAUUGGAUCACUAUCGACCCUAUCCCUAAUGCUUUGAUUGUAAACAUCGCCGAUCAAAUUCAGGUGUUGAGCAACGGGAUAUACAAAAGUGUGAAUCAUAGAGUGAUCGUGAAUUCAAACAAGGAUCGAGUGUCAUUGGCGUUCUUCUACAACCCGAGAAGUGAUUUGAUAAUUGAACCAGCUAAAGUGCUUGUGACUGAAGAAAGGCCAGCCCUUUUUCCACCUACGACCUUUGAUGAAUAUAGACUUCAAAUUAGGAAGAGGGGUAUUUGUGGAACUUCACAACAAGAACAGUCUAUUUAAUCCACUUAAUUAUAAUUAAUAAUAAUGUUACUUAA